CAGAAAAGUUGACUGAAUUAGAUAAAAUAAAAGAAUGAUUAUGGCGAUGAAGAGCUACAGUUAACCUUAAACCUCUUAGAGCAUAACAUGCAAAAGAAGUCAAAUCUUCACUCAGAAAGAUUGUUUCUUUGUUACUCUUAAAUAAGACAAUAUUUCAAUGAUUUAUAGUUAACAGUUUUGCCCCACUAAUAUUCAACAAUUAAAAUUAGAUGACAAUCAAUUGAUAUACAUUAAAUUUUUAAACAAAUUAACAUCUUUUCAACAAAAGCAGACGAUUUUGCUUUCGCUAUCAAUGUUUACAUUCAGGGUUACAUUGAAAAGAGACGUAAGAAUGGCUGCAGUUAAAGUGUAUAAAUAAGACGAUCGUAAUUUUGUUCAAAUCAGUUUCAAAUUAACUCACAUCGAGUCAACAUUAAUCAAAAAGUGUAUCUAAAUUGUGGUGAAAAUAGUUACAUCAAUCUAAAAGCUAAAAUGGUCUCAACUAAUCAACAAAAUUAUGCUAAAUUGAUUGUUAAUAUGUCAUCGGUGGCUGUUUUUUGCUUCAUUGUUUCACUCAUUGGAUUACCUGGAACAAGUGCUAGUCAAGAUUCAGUUAAAGCAUCAUCAGCCAAUCUAACAGCUUACAACAUGCCUUAUGCCUUCUAUGACUAUGAACGUGAUCCUCGUCGUUGGUUUGGUAAUGGUCAAUAUUCACCUGGAGCUUCGUAUGCUGGUCCAUUAGCUCAAUUUCCCGGUGGAUUGGAAGCUAUUGCCAUUGGUUUGAUGAUGGCUGUUGGUGCUGGUUUCAUUAUUAUCCCUUUGAUGAUACUUCUUUACAUGACUUUCGUCGCACCCAAUGGAAACCCAAAUCUCAACAGUGGAUUCAAUUUCAUGCAGCAUCCAGCAACAACUACAAUUGCUGGACGUAAACGUCGAGAGGCUUCUGGUGGUGACAAUUUCGGUCUACCAGAAAUGGUUAGUCCAAUCAUCCAAGAGAAGGUUAUGUCUUUCUUCAAGAAAUUUGCCGAUUCACCUGAUCGAAUGAAAUAUCUAAUGAAUGUCCUUAAGCAAUAAGUGGAAUCAUCAUUUUAACCAAUGCUAUUUUUUACCAGAAAAAAAGCCUAAAAACCAGCUCGAAAGAGCUCCAUCAGCAUUGGCUUGAAGUUGUUUUUUGUAGCUUUAACCACUUUCGUUAUUUUGUUUAUUACAGCAUUUAUUAACAGUUUAUUGUAAAUAUAAUUUUUGGUUUAAAACAUUAAACCUUUAAAUUUGUCAAA